CUUGCUGGUCACCAGCCUAGCGAUGAUGGCUCCGUAAAUAUAGUGAGUUCUUUGGGUAGGAUCCAACAGUAUAUUGAGCAUUGCUGUGGACGCCAAGAAAUACGAUUAUGGCAAGGACAACUUGAUAGGUUAGUAUUGCAUCAGUUCAAUCACUAUCAUUAAUGGUAAUUUAGAUGAAAGGAUUUGUUUACUAUACUGAAACCACAUGCGUGAUUUACGUGCCAUUCGAUACCCUGAAUAUCAUUUCGGAGGAAAAAAAAUAUAAAAUAAUAUUUCCACACGAAACACAAUUCUACUUAAUAUACAUCCAUAUGGAAAUCGCCCAUCAGGCAAAUAGGUUUUCAUUUUUUGUUGUUGUAGUCUCCCAUUUCAAAUAAAAAAAUUUGUUUAACUUUCACGUAGAGCCAAUCAGACUACAAGGAUAAGCAAACAGUAGGCAACAAUCCUCUGUAAAUCGCGCUGAAAGCUUAUUUUGAUGCAAAUUAUUUGCUAAAAAUGGCUUUGAAUGUAUAUCUUAGUUGAAUUUGACCAAACACGCCACCAGGAAUUUGUUGUUUUCAUCAAAGUUCCCCGGAAAGUCUGGUUGGUAUAGCCAAUGCAUUACAACAAGGUUGCUCUACACAUAUUUAAAGUAUCAAAAUUUUUGUCCUAAAAUAAUUUACCGAAAACGGGAAAAUAAUUUCAGUUAGGAAUUAUUAUGUUACGUUUAAAAAGGAAACGAAAUCUGUUUCGUUUUCCCUAAAAUCUGUGAUGGUUUAUUUACAGGUCUGCUUCACAAAAAGCCGCAAGGAACAAACAAAAUCCCCGAGAGGCUUAUUUCAUAAUGAAAUAUACGGAAGUCGAGCGGUUUCGCCAGGUUGGCCUUCCUUUUCUUUCUAAAAUGUCCUAACGGUAUUUCUUUAUUUUAAUUUAUUUUGAGCAGGAAGACACAACACUUUUUAAAGUGACGUGUGACAUUUCUAUCUAAUUUCAAUAUUGUCAGGCCGAUGAUAACGAAGUGGCACCAGCUGUUUUCGGUCCCGCUAUCGACUCCGAUAGCUUUGAAUAUAAGUUUGGGGUAAGGAUGUAUCCCAAUGGAGUUGGUAACGGAAGAGGCAGGUAUGUUGCCAUCUUUGUCCACAUGAUGGAGGGUGAGCACGAUGACUUCUUAUCUUGGCCCUACGCUGGAAGAAUCACUUUGUCGGUUUUGGAUAGAAAUGGACAAAGGGACAACGACAUCAGCCACACUUUGCAAGCUAAACCAACGUUAGCUGCUUUUCAAAGGCCUCGAGAAGCCAUUUGCCCUAUUGGAUAUGGCCUCAUUUACUUCGCUAGGAUAGAACUGUUCUUCGGUCCUCAAUUUGUCAAAAACGAUGAACUGUUUUUGAAAAUUGAGUUUUCAUCCAAAUGA